AUGGCUGAAGACAUCGCGACCCGGACCCUACCGGAACCAAAUAUAAGACAUGAAGUAGACGCAGACCAUGGAAAGGAUAUAGCUGGAGAGGAAUCGGCCCCGCAGAGCUCGAGUAAUGAUGGCUCAAGGACUGCGACGGCAAAGGAGGAGCAGGCUAUCAAGGAGGAGACAGCAAAACCGAAGGACUCAAUGGUUCAAAAGCUGAUUGCCAAGAUUGGCUUGGAUGUUGGGACGGUGAUGAUGAUGUUCAAAGGGAGUGUUGGGCCAGCUAUUGCAAUAGCCUUCUACCAAGCAGACGAAGUCGCCAAAACCUACAGCACCAUCGGUUACCUCAUCCCCAUCAUAACCGUACUAAGCAUGCCUAUAAUGCCGCGCGCAAAGUACUUUCAAACCAUUACUCUGAACCUAGUCGGCAUUUGCAUCGGGGCCUCCAUUGCACUCCUUGGUAUCUGGUCUGGUGUCCAAGCACGGAAACACACAACCCCCGUAGGCUCAAAAGCCACUUACAACUCUUCGCAAUCGGCCGUCUGCGCCAUCUGGCUUUUCGCCAAUAUCUACUUCGUCAAUGCUCUCAGAGCCAAGAUGCCGGCGCUGAAUUUGCCGGCUAUUAUAUAUAGUAUCUUCACGAAUGUGGCCUUUACAUAUGGACCGCUGUUUCCAACAAUGACAGCUGGGAUUAGCCUGGUUAAGCAGCUGUUGGAGGCGUUUUUAACUGCGUUCGCGAUUGCGACAGCAGUCAACUUGUUUAUUAUACCCAUCAGUUCCAGGACGGUUGUUUUCAAAGAGUUUACGGGAUAUCUAGGAGCAGUGAGAGGUGUAAUGAAAGCGCAAACGGCGUACCUACAGAGCCUGGAAAGCAGUGAUAUGUUUGCAGAUCCUGCUGCUGAAGACGAAAGGGCUGAAGGGAAUGGCAAAAAGCACAAGAAGAAUGAGAAGAAAGAGAAGGCCCAUCCUGCCCAAACACCAUCAGCAAAAGCCUUAAAAGGUGCUGUCUCUGGACUUCUGGCUCUUCACGGGAAGCUUUAUGGCGAUCUUCCUUUCGCGAAAAGGGAAAUUGCCUGGGGGAAAUUAUGCGCUAAGGACAUUGACGAGAUAUUCGCCCUCUUCCGUGAUAUUCUCAUCCCCCUGCUCGGCCUGUCAACAAGCACAGAUAUUUUCGAGAGAAUCGCGGAGAGGCGCGGGUGGUUGAACUCCACCUACACUCGGCAUGACAAGAUAGAAGCCUGGGAGGGCUAUGAUGAAUCCUCAAAGAAUGAAGAGAAGCGUGUAUGGAACGAGAUGAUGAAGACGCUUCACGAACCUUUUGCUGUAGCGGUAGGAGCCAUGGAUGAAGCCGUGGAGCAUGUUGGUCUGGUGCUAGAAUUCAACAAAUCGCCGAAAAAGAAGAAGGGCGGAGACGACGUUGAGGCCAAAGGAACGGAUCCCAGACCCGGAGAUCCCGAGUUCUCCAAGUUUCUAGACCAUAAAUUGAAAGAUUUCUAUGAGACUAGAGGGCAGACGCUCAAGGCUUGGGCGAGAAAUAAGGGGUUGUCGGAGGAGAUAUUCGAUCAGUUGAAUGAGGAGCCUAAAAAGAACAGAUAUACUCCGGACGAUACGCAACAUGCCCGAGACCAACAGCAGUUGUACCUCAUCCUCUAUUUAGAAUUUUUACUUUACUCCGCUGGCCGAGCAAUCCUCAAACUUGUUGAAUUCGCCGACAAGAAAGUCUCCGAAGGAUCCAUGAAAAAGAACCGCCUAAUCCUACCCGGCCAACGCCGAAUCAAGAAAUGGAUCCUUUCCAUAGGCGAAGAAGACACAUCCGUUGACACAAAUUCCCCAGACUCCAUGGAAAACGGAAGCAGCAACAUUUUCAUGGGCGCAGGCUUCAAUCCUGUAAAAGAUCCUGAACAUUUGCCUCCUGCUACUGCUUGGCAGCAUUUUGGAAACCGCAUUAGAAAGAUCCCGCACUUUUUAGGCUCGGCUGAAUCGGCUUUUGGGUUUCGAGUUGCGUGUGCUACGCUGACGGUUGGGAUUAUCGCCUUUUUGAAGGAUACACAGUCAUUUUUUAUGGAUCAGCGGCUUGUCUGGGCUAUGUUCAUUAUUGUCCGUACCCAUUUUCUAACUGUUGAGAGUUCGAAUACUAAUGUGUUAAAGGCUAUUGGUAUGUCAAUGACGAGCGGCCAGGCGAUAUUUGGAUUCCUUUGCAGAGUGGGGGGAACAUUUGUAGCAAUGGUACUCUCAAUUAUAAUAUGGUACAUCCCCGACCAAAAGACCUCGGGCGUAAUAGUAUUUUUAUGGUUCUUGAUCUUUCUCGAGAUGUACUUUUUCCUAAAACACCCCCGAUUCAUGGCCGUAUGGCUUAUGUCAAUCGUAACCGAAGUCCUCAUCAUCGGCUACGAAUUACAAGUCCGUAAAAUCGGCCUCGCGGCAGCAACAUACAGCGGACAGCCUUAUUACCCUAUAUACGAGCUCGCGCCGUAUCGACUGGCUUGUGUGGCUGGUGGAUCUUUCGUGGCAUUUAUCUGGACGAUUUUCCCGUAUCCGCUGUCAGAUAGGAGUUGGCUGAGGAAGGAUCUAGGAUCAACGCUUUACCUGCUGGCCAACUAUUAUUCGGUUGUGCAUUCUACGAUUAAUGCGAGGAUGCAUGGUACAGAGGGGGAUAUGGAGUUGAAGGAUUCUCCUGGUAGGAAGCUUGAGAAGGUCCGCUAUAAGAUCUUUCAGAAGCUGCUGGUGCUUCUCCCUUCAUUACAACAACACGCGGAUUGGGAGAAAUGGGAACUCACAAUCGGUGGGAAAUUCCCCAAAGAAACAUACGACAACAUCGCCCUCCGCGCAAACAAUAUAUUGAAUUACCUCACCCUAAUCUCCUAUGCCACGCGAUCCUGGUCCGACGCCUCCUGCGGUCCAGCCUACCCCAACGCAACCACCGCGGCCCGUCGUGCCUGGCUCUCAGACCUCAGCCUACUAAUGGACACGAUCAAGCCAACCUCCCACUCCAUAACCAGCACGCUCGCGCUCCUCUCCGGCGCAGUAUCGCAAGGCUCGGCACUCCCUCCUUACAUUGUCCUCCCCGAGCCUUACAAUCUGUCGAAGAGGCUAGAGGCGCUGGAUAAAGGCAUUCUGGAUGCGAGGCAUGUGGAGGAGCCAGGAUAUAGCGCGUAUGCUGUGAUCCAGGUUGCGAGUGGGCUUGUGACGGAUGAUCUGGCGCGGUUGGUGGAUCAUGUGAGGGAUUUGGUGGGGGAGACGGAUUUUUCGUUCCGCGUUGAUAUGAGUGACAGUAGUCUGGAUAGUUCGGGGACUGAAAGGAGUUCUGGGAGUGGGGAUGGAAAUGGAAAGGGGAAGCGGGAAUAA